AUGGCUGAUGGCCAAGAGGAUUUCUCCUCCCUCCCCCUGCCCGACCGGUUCACCCACAAGAACUGGAAGGUCCGCAAGGAGGGCUACGAGGAUGCAAAAGCCCAGUUCGAAAAGACCCCCGACGAGUCACAUCCAGUGUUUGUCCCGUUCAUCCAAGACCCCGGUCUGUGGAAAGGCGCCGUCGCCGACUCCAACGUCGCCGCGCAGAUAGAGGGUCUGGCGGCCUACUGCGCUUUCUUGGAAUUCGGAGGCACCCAGGCCUGUACACGAUCUCGCGGGCAGACGCUUGGCCCUAUAGCCGAAAAGGGCCUCUCAUGUGCACGACCGGCAGGCAAAGCGAGCGCGCAGGAAGCCCUAUUACUAUGCGUGGAAGUGGACAAGGCCGAUCCCGUGAUUGAAGAGCUUCUCCCAGUGCUCUCACAUAAAGUGCCCAAGGUGGUCGCAGCGGUGCUGGCGGCCUUGACUCUCCUCUACCAUAACUUUGGAUGCAAGAUUGUCGACCCGAAACCAACCCUAAAAGCCCUGCCCAAGGUCUUCGGACAUGCAGAUAAGAAUGUGCGAGCGGAAGCGCAAGGCCUCACCGUCGAACUCUACCGAUGGCUAAGGGAGGCCAUGAAGCCGGUCUUUUGGAACGACCUGAAGCCAGUGCAACAGCAGGACCUGGAGAAGCUUUUCGAGAAGGUGAAGCAGGAUCCUACACCAAAACAAGAACGCUUCACUCGGGCACAACAGGAUGCGAUGGCUGCAGCUAGCGCGGCCCCAGCUGGUGGUGACGAGAUGGAACAGGUUGAUGAAGAAUAUGUCGAAGAGGAUGCUCCAGACGGCGAGGUUUUGGAUCUCGCGGAGCCCGUGGAUGUCCUGCCCAAGGUCCCCAAAGACCUCCAAGAUCAACUCGCCUCAUCCAAGUGGAAGGACCGAAAGGACGCUUUGGAUGCCCUUUAUAAUGUCCUGAAUGUGCCUCGAAUCAAAGAUGGGCCGUAUGAUGAGAUUGUGAGAUCGCUCGCCAAGUGUAUGAAAGAUGCGAACGUCGCCGUUGUCACGAUAGCAGCCAACUGUGUCGAUGUGCUAGCCAGAGGCCUGCGAAAGGGGUUUGGCAAGUAUCGAUCUGUCAUCAUGAUUCCGAUGCUGGAACGUCUGAAGGAGAAGAAACAGAUCGUGGCAGAUGCCUUGGGCCAGGCGUUGGAUGCUGUGUUCGGCUCAACAACUCUGUCAGACUGCUUGGAAGAUAUUUUCGAAUAUCUGAAGCACAAGAAUCCGCAAGUCAAGCAGGGGACCGUCAAAUUCUUGAUUGGGUGCUUACGCACGACAAGGGAGGUGCCAUCCAAGCCCGAGCAGAAAGCCAUCGCCGGUGCAGGCACGAAACUGCUCACUGAGUCCACCGAAGUCAUUCGUUCUGGAGGUGCCGAGAUUCUGGGUACACUCAUGAAGAUCCUGGGGGAACGUGCCAUGAAUCCAUACCUUGACGGACUCGAUGAUAUUCGGAAGACGAAGAUCAAGGAAUACUUCGAGACUGCCGAAGUCAAGGCCAAAGAUCGACCCAAGCCAAUUGUCGCUCCUAAGGUCGCUGCCCCUAGCAAGAAGAUUGCUGCUGCAGGAAAGAAGCCGGCCAUGGGGCUGAAGAAACCGGCAGCGGCGGCGCCUCCUGCGAUUGAGUCUCCGACCAAACCUGCUGCCAGAAGCAUCCCUUCAAAGAUCGGUGGUGUCCCUAAACCUGGGGGCUUAUCAGGGUCUGGCCUCAAGGCCCCUCAACGAAAACUCGCUGCUCCAGGAAGUAUUGCAUCACCUCAGAGACGAGUCGUAUCUCCCCCGUCAGAAGAGGCAGCACCGCCAGCACCCAAAUUCGGUCUUGGACGUGGCCUUGCCGGCCGUCCCAUUGCGAAGCCGACGUCGGCGUCCGCUGAAGCUGCUGCCGCCCCGCCUGCCCCAGCAAUGAGUGCCAUGUCGGCUGCCGAUAAGGCCGAGCUGGAAGAGCUACGACUGGAGAAGGAUAAAUUCAGCCGGAUUGUCGAAGAGACGAGGUCCGAGCGCGCAAAGCUCAAUUCGCAAAUCAACGAGCUUCAAAACCAGAACGCACAGCUGAUCGAAGACCAUACGCGAGACGUCUUGAGCAUCAAGGCCAAGGAGACACAGCUGGUCAGGGCACGCAGUGACGCCGAAGCCGCUGAGGAGAACGUCCAGAAACAGCAGCGAGAAAUCGAACGGUUAAAGCGCGAACUGGCCCGAGCACUCCGUGCAACAGCCAUGAGCCCGCCCAACGCCACCGCCGAAGCUAUGGGUAUGGCCGACGCGGCCAUAUACCAAGAGCCUGCCAGCAACGGGCAUGCUGCGCCGCGCUCUGGUCUACACUCAGCCUCCCGGUUCAAUAGUGAACGCCCGCGCAGCUACGCAUCCGCCAGCCCCAGCGAGGAAAAGGAAAAUAAUGGCGGCGUGGACUCUCCAGGUCUCGGCUCCCGGGAUGGAAGUCUGGGACGGCGCAAGCUGAGCCCGACAUACGGUUAUUCCGCCGUAGGCAGCCCGACACGCUCAUCAACACGGGGCUCUGGCAACCCCACCGAUGAAGAACAGCAGCCUCGAAGUGCAGAUCAGCCGGAGAACUGGAAGCGUGCAGCUGAAGUGACCAGCCAGCUUAAGGCGAGAAUCGAACAAAUGAAGGCACGACAAGGACUUCAACGACCUCCUGCUCAACGUUAA